UGCAGCUGCUCCUGCCCGCCUGCGCUGAGGUCUCAGGCACCCAGUUUUCCAGCAGCUGCUCCCUGUGCGCCCCUCUCUCUUUUGACACACUGCUGCCAUGACGGCCUCUUCCGCGCGGCCCGCCAUCCUGGCCCUGACCGGGCUGGCAUUGCUGCUGCUGCUGUGCCUGGGUCCAGGUGGCAUAAGUGGGAAUAAACUCAAGCAGAUGCUUCAGAAACGAGAAGCACCUGCUCCGGCUAAGACAAAUGUCGCCAUGGAUGAGAACAAAGCCAAAGAGUUCCUGGGAAGCCUGAAACGUGCCAAGCGGCAGCUGUGGGACCGAACUCGGCCGGAGGUACAGCAGUGGUACCAGCAGUUCCUCUACAUGGGCUUCGACGAAGCGAAAUUUGAAGAUGACAUCACCUAUUGGCUAAAUAGAGAUCGGAAUGGACAUGACUACUAUGGCGAUUACUACCAACGUCAUUAUGAUGAAGAUGCUGCCAUCGGCCCCCAGAGUCCCCACAGCUUCAGACACGGGGCCAGCGUCAACUAUGAUGACUACUGACCAUGCCUGGCCGCUCACUGUGCAGAAAACCAAUAGGGUUUCUCUUUAGCCAUACCUAUGCCUUACACUACUUGUGUAAAGCGCUUUAUUUCUGUGUCACUCAGCAGAGUUUAAGCACCAAAUAUAAGUGCCUGUUCAUGCA